AUGUCACAAUUCACUCAGCUAUGGUCCCGCCUUUUUGGGCAGGAAGAAAUGAAACUACUUAUUCUUGGGCUGGAUAAUGCCGGUAAAACAACAAUGUUGUAUAAGAUAACGAUGGGCGAGGCUGUCGACACUGCUCCGACAGUAGGAAGCAACACAGAGGUCUUUGAGUACAAAAACCUCAAGUUCGUGCUCUGGGAUAUUGGUGGCCAGACCUCGCUGCGACAAUCAUGGUCACAAUACUUUACAGCCGCACGAGCCGUAAUACUUGUUAUUGACUCGUGUGAUGCUGGCCGACUAAGCCUAGCCAAGGAGGAGCUACACAAAAUGUGUGCGGACGAGUCACUGAAGGACGCGCUUUUGUUGGUAUUUGCGAACAAGCAGGAUGUCCGAGGAUGCUUGACUCCAGCAAGGAUAUCAGAAGAACUCAAACUGACUGACUUGCGGGAUCGUCAAUGGCAUAUAAUGGCAUGUUCCGCACUUACGGGACAAGGAUUAUUCGAAGGAUUAGACUGGCUAGCAUCUCGUCUGGAACGACGUUGA